CUUCAAUUAAAACUAUACACAUUCCUCACAUAUCAACCUUUGUAUCGCAAUGGAGAGAGUAACAAAGAUGGUUUCAGAGAGGCCAGUUGUAAUAUUCAGCAAGAGUUCAUGUUGCAUGAGUCAUACCAUAAAGACACUUUUUUGUGACUUUGGUGUGAAUCCAGCAGUUUAUGAACUUGAUGAGAUAUCAAGAGGGAGAGAGAUUGAACAAGCACUUUCAAGACUUGGUUCUUCUCCAUCUGUUCCAACUGUUUUCAUUGGUGGUAAGCUUAUUGGUGGAGCCAAUCAAGUAAUGAGUCUUCAUCUUAACCGCACUUUGAUUCCAAUGCUUAAAAAAGCUGGAGCUCUUUGGGUUUAAUUCCAUCACUCAUCAGUCACACAAUAACUUAUGCUGUUUAAUUUAUAUAUUUUGAGGUUAUAUUCAUAUGAUGAGUUUCAGUAUUAUAACUUAGUGAUAGAUUUCGACCGGUGUUUGUUUAAGGACAAGGAACUUCUACCACUACUGCACUACAUUAGGAAUCAACUCCUCCGUUUAGCCUAUUUUUCUGGUUAAAUCAAUGUAAUGUUUUUGAUGUAAUAUUAUCUUUUGAUAAGUACGACAACUAAUAAACUAUAGAGAAAUGCUUCUAUGACACUCAA